UAUGACUCGGGCUAUCAGCCGGGAUAGGCCUUAUUCCCCGGCUAGAUACUUCACCACGGUUCGAUGGGUUCACGACUCGGUGGUGGCCGAGCUGAUGAGUGAAAAUCAGGGUGGACUGAAAGAAGGCUCAUCUGGGUCUCCGGCGAAGUCGGAGGCUUCACCAGCGAGCACACCGCACAAUACACCGCAGAGUUCGGCGUCUAUGAUGACGCUGUUGGCGUUAGGACCACCGGUGUCGACUCUGAGUGGCAGUGAUAGAACGCUGGCUGCACUGCAGCUGGGCAGGAGGGCGGCGUUGGAGUCUAGGAGGUAUGUGGUGAACUGUUUGGUGCAUGCUAAGCCACAGAAGGUUCUCUCUCAUCAAGCUGACGAUACCUUGCCUUGGGCGAUACAGCGUUUGGAGACCUUCGACCAGUACUGUGAUGAUGAGUGCACCAAGGAGGCGAGAGAAGCUGAUAUUAGGAAGCUGGAAAGCUUACAGCACAAACCUCGGGGUGGGAGCAAUAUCAGUGCAUUGGAGGUUGACCCUCAGUCUCCAUCGGGGCAAGUCGCGAAUCUUUAUUAUCAGCUGACUGAGGCUACAGAGAAUGGAAAAGUAGUGGCGAAGGUGCCGGAGUGGGCGAGGAAGAUGAUACGAAAUAAGGUUACGGUUGACAGUGUGGAGCUGGCGGCCUUUGAGCUGAUGUGUUUGUGCAUGAUGGAGAAACCCAGCGAGAGUGGUAGUUCGGGCAGCGAGGAUUCGGAGUCAGACUCUGAUGAAGUGGGGACGAUACCGAAGGCGAUUGAGGAUAGAAUAUGGUUUUUACUCGAGAGGAAAUGCGGACAGCUGAGCUCUCGACAGGGUCAACUGUGGGAAAGGGUGCACUUGGCAUCGUUAGCGGCUUGUGCGAUUGCUCUGUGUGUGAGGUGUUUUCUGUCGAAUUCGAGUGGGGCAUCUGAGGGUGAUACUAGGGAAGUUAUCUCCCCGGUGAUUGCUAAACCGCCUCCUGAGCGCGUUCUACUGUAUGGCGGGAGAGCAGUAGUAGCUGAGGAUGAAAUGGUCGAGGUUGCACGAGUUGCUGAUGGAGCGGUAGUGAGAGAGUCGGUGAGGAGGAGGAUUCUAGAGGAGCCGUACGAGCAUUUGUUACUCCUGGAAGAUCUCGAAUACGCCUUGCACGGUGAUAAAGUUCCCAGCGAAGGCCAGCCGGAUCAGCUCAGUGUGGCGGCGGCGAAAGCAGCGGCGGCUGCGGCGUCUCCACAGAAUUUGCCGGGGUGGCCGGGGAUUGCUGACGAUGGAGAUGAGGGGAAGUUGUUGAGUCCAGCGAAUUUGAGUAUAGAAUCUGAGGGGAAGUAUUGUGAUUUUAUCCUAGUGCACGGGGCCUCGGCUUUGGUGAGCGAGAAUACGAUUAAGGAAGUUCUUGAGGAGCUCCCACCAGUUCAAGAGGCGACUCUGGGGUACUUUCUGCAGGGGCUCGGGAUCAUCCCGGAUGAACCUUUGGAUGAGAGCAUGCUGCAGAGUUUGAUAGACGAAGCUGAGUCUGAUGGGAGUGUUGGAGAGGUGGAAAAGCUCGGACAGGAUUUCAAGAUGACUCUGAGUGAAUCGUAUCGUGCUUGUGGAGUAUGUGGUAGCGACUGCGAGGGGUCAUCUUUCAAGUGUGUUGAUUGCGGUGUAUGUCUGCAUGAGGCUUGCCGAACUCUCCUGGGCUGGAACAACAGGAAUACUGAUCUCACGGAUGCUACGAUUGGAGUGGUAUUCGCUUUCUUGCCGUGUGCGUCCUGUAUUAUGGCGCCUCUCACUGGCUACCUCCUUCAACUACUGGGGUACUUCACCGUUCUCUUGGCAGGAGGUGUAUUCGUUGCAAUUGGCACACUUGGCUUUGGCUUCUCCAAGGUGCUCUGGAGCUUCCUUGCUUUCCGAGCCAUUCAAGGCGUAGGAGCUGCUUGUACAUAUUCUGCUACCUCUGCGAUUAUGGCUAGGUUGUUCCCGGGAGAUAUAGAGAAGAUAUUCGCCUUCCAAGAGCUGAUAGGGAAUGUUGGUUUUGCCGUUGGCCCGACUAUCGGUGCUGGCCUAUUCCAAGUGGGUGGAUUCCACACCUCCUUUAUUGUACUCACGGCUAUUCAUUUCGGUGUCAUGGUGCUGAUGCUAGCCACAUGGGUUCCGAUACCCCCGGCUGCCUCAUUGCCGACUAGUGAUGGUGCUGCUCAGAGUGGUCGGAAGGUCGUGGGAGUGAGCGAAGUGCUCCGUAUGCGGCAUAUUCUAAUCACAGUUCUCUGCAGUGCGCUAGUCAGCUCAGCCUUCGGGUUCAUGGAUCCAGUUCUCUCAGAGCACUUCUUAGCUGUAUUGGGUGACGUUUCACCAUCUACCAUGGGUCUCCUCUUUGCAUUCCCAUCGGUUACUAUGGCUAUAGCUACAGUACUUAUACCCAAGACAACAUCACUUCUCACGAAACACGUCACCUUGGCGCUCGGUCUGCUGGUCAUGGGAGCUUCCUUCCUAACACUCGGGCCAACUCUGAAAGUUACUUCGAACCCGUGGGUGCAGCAAUUGAUAGCCCUCGGUCUGGCAGGCAUAGGCUCCAGUUGGGGCUGGGUCCCUUGCAUGCCUUACAUGAUUGAAGGGAUACCACCCGAGAUGGGCCAUGGAGCGAUUGAUAUGGUGUCAGCUCUCUUCAACGGCGGUGCUUCUCUUGGAGAAGCCCUGGGACCCAUUCUGGGUGGUUCGCUCACUGGUGUUAUUGGCUUCUCCCCGGCCUGCCUCUUGUACGCCAUAUUGUUCCUACUUUACGGCGUGCUGUUCUGGGCCGUAGCUCCAGACACGUCAGCACAAGACCGUCUACUGCCUUAUACGGAUUAUGACGCCAACCCCGGUAUAUCCGCGGCUAGGAUCUCGCGACGUUAUUCUACCGUUUCAAUCAUGAGUUCACCCAGAGAGCCGCGACGAGCACCGCGGGAACGGAGUCAAAGCUUGCUUACUGGGGUUUACGCUUGAUGAAAUGUAUACGUUGAAGAGAGAAUCCGGUUCUUCGACACCAUUUACGAUACUUCCUAUCUCUAAUAUGAUUCAUCCGUACUAUCCUCUGUGUAAUAAG